CUUCUGCAGCACGAAGAGGUGGGCUGUGAGUUGGGAGGGGAAGGAGGGACUGACUUGUUACAGUACCAAUUUUGGAAUUUUAGUUUACAAGGUUCAGUUGAUAAAGAUUUCGAAUACUAAUUCUGCUAGUCCAGCUGUAGAGUAGCUUUUAAUCAUAUAGAAACUCUUCACUAUUCCUAGGCCUUAUCCUAACUCUUUUCAUUAUAAAUACAUUUUGCCUGCUCUAGUGUCCUUGUUUGCUUAAAAGUGAAAAUACAAAAUCCUGCUCAUCUGUUGCAGAAAUGGGUGGACCGAUUACACAGCUGAAGGUUGAUGCACUGAGUUGAUGAACUUAUGAGUACUAGGUGUUAGAGCUUGUACAGUGGUAGAAACUGUGCUAAUAUACACAGUUUGUUAUUUAAAAAAACCAAAACAAACCCAAAACUUACUGUGGGUAUUAAAGCAGCCACAUCUCACUGAAUAAUUUAACUUCUUUUCCUUUUUCCCUCCUCCUCCUGCAGGUCCCAAAACAGUGUUUUUCUGGGCACCUAUUAUGAAAUGGGGUUUGGUAUGUGCUGGAAUGGCUGAUAUGACCAGACCAGCAGAAAAGCUCAGCACAGCACAGUCUGCAGUACUAAUGGCCACAGGCCUUAUUUGGUCAAGGUACUCUCUAGUUAUUAUUCCUAAAAACUGGAGUCUGUUUGCUGUGAACUUCUUUGUUGGCUGUGCUGGUGGCUCUCAACUCUUCCGAAUAUGGAGGUAUAAUCGGGAGCUAAAAGCAAAACAACAAGAGCAGCUGCAGCAAAGAGAUGCUUAAACUAACAGGUCUAAUCCAACAACGCACAAACCCUUCCCCAUGGGACCUAGCUUCACUAAUUUUAAUGUUUUUUCCUCUGAGAAAAUGAAAGAGGAAAUUGAAAUAUUUAGAGAGCAAGUGUUUUCUAAGUGCAAAUAACAAAGUAUCUCCAUACAUUUAAAUAAAG